AAAAAGAUCAAGUCCCACAGUACCCGAAGCUGGCUGGGGAUUUCGGUCGUUUGGGCUCCUUGGUCGUAGAGGGAGGAGGCAUUCGUGGAAGGAGGGGCCCUCGACCGUAAGUCUGCCAUGGACCUUGCCAGUACCUGCUCCAGUUUUCAGUCGGACUUAGAUUUCUGUCCAGAUUGCGGCUCGAUCCUACCUCUGCCCGGGGCUCAGGAUAUGGUCACCUGUAUUCGCUGUGGCUUCAACAUCAACGUUCGGGACUUCGAGGGGAAGGUUGUGAAAACUUCAUUUGUAUUCCAUAAGCUGGGGACGGCCAUGCCUAAGUCUGUGGAGGAAGGGCCUGAGUUCCAAGGGCCUGUGAUUGACAGGCGCUGCUCUAGAUGUGGCCAUGAGGGAAUGGCAUACCACACCAGACAGAUGCGUUCAGCAGAUGAGGGGCAGACUGUCUUCUACACCUGUACCAACUGCAAGUUCCAGGAGAAGGAAGACUCUUGACCUUCUUGGGCAACUCUAUAGACCCUACCUCUUCUUCCUUAGAUGGUGAAGGAUGCUGGACUCUUAGAUGCUUUGUCUGUCUCUUCUGGCUGCAAUAUUUUGCUCCCAGAGGAGAGUAAGAUCAUCACAUGGAAAUUAUCAUUGUCCCUGGCGUACACCUACUCCUAGUUGAGUUUCUUUAUUAAAAUUAUAUUUUUCUUUAAGACCUUGA